AUGUGUCUCGGUCGGAUGUGGAACGGUUCGUGCCGGUCCGCCAAUCGACUCGGGACAUCGACCGACGCGGAUUAUGAUGGUGUCCCAAGCCUAGCUACACUUUGA